AUGAGUAUUGACAACAAGUUGUUUGUUACUGAAGAGGAUGAGGAAGACAGGACGCAGGACCGUGCUGAUGUUGAGGAUGAAUCUAACGACAUUGAUAUGAUAGCGGAUGAGAACGGAACAAACAGCGCUAUAGCUAAUGAGCAAGAGGAAAAAUCCGAAGAAGUAAAAGCUGAAGAUGAUACUGGUGAAGAAGAAGAGGAUGACCCAGUGAUCGAAGAGUUUCCAUUGAAGAUCUCCGGAGAAGAGGAGUCACUGCACGUGUUUCAGUAUGCUAAUAGACCAAGGCUAGUAGGACGCAAACCUGCUGAGCAUCCGUUUAUCUCUGCAGCAAGAUAUAAACCCAAGUCGCACCUAUGGGAAAUAGAUAUUCCUUUGGAUGAGCAGGCCUUCUAUAACAAGGAUAAGGCUGAGAGCGAAUGGAAUGGGGUUAAUGUCCAAACAUUAAAAGGCGUGGGUGUGGAAAACAAUGGCCAAUAUGCAGCAUUUGUCAAAGAUAUGCAGGUUUAUUUGGUACCUAUUGAGAGGGUAGCACAAUUGAAGCCAUUUUUCAAAUAUAUCGACGACGCAAAUGUAACAAGAAAGCAAGAGGACGCCAGAAGGAACCCUAAUCCUUCAUCACAACGCGCUCAAGUGGUUACCAUGUCUGUAAAGAGCGUCAACGACCCUUCGCAAAACAGACUCACUGGCUCCCUGCUGGCACAUAAAGUCGCCGAUGAAGAGGCUAAUAUUGAAUUGACCUGGGCAGAAGGCACGUUUGAACAGUUCAAAGAUACUAUCGUGAAAGAAGCUGAAGAUAAAACUUUAGUAGCCUUAGAGAAACAAGAAGACUAUAUAGAUAAUCUAGUUUGA